UGGAGAAAUAAUUUCAAGGACUGCUCGAACUGAAACUUGUUUUCGUAAAAAUGGAAAAAUUGAUUGUUCAUGGAACUUUGUUGAAACUCUAACUAUGACAGAUAAUAAAGAAAGACAGACAAUAGUACUUAAAGAUAAUAAAAAUAAAAUUCUCGGACAGAUAAAUUUAACCCCAGAAGGAUUUAAAAUGAAAUGUGAACCAAUUAUUGAAAAAUAUUUACGAUCAUAUGAAGUUAAAAUUCAAACAGUUAAAUCUUGUCCCGAAACUGGAAGUUGUCACCAUGAUAAUUGCCUUAUUGUUAAUAAUAACUGGGAACAAGACAUUAAAGAAUUGGAACCUUGGAAAAAUUACACCGGUUAUAAUCGUUGUUCAGCUUCAUGUAGUUUUCUCUGGUGUAAAUGUGGAAUGA